GGAGAUGUACUGAAAAAUUAUAAUAAGCACAUUACUGGAGUUAAUGACCAAAAGUAAUCAGUGAGUCUGAAAGAACUGGGGAUCGCCAGGUGCGUAUCUCGGGAGCGUAUCUUCAUUCCGGGGCCUUUUAGUUUUCGCUCGGAGGCAUUGUCACACAAAUUUCGUAAAAAGUGAGCACGAAAAUAAGGAAAAAAUAUGGAAUUAAUAUAGAGAAGGACUAAGUGGAAGUUGACAGUGAAGGUGAACGAAACUGCUCCGGAAACAUUCUACACGUAAAUAGAAUAGAAACAAAAUGCUCACCUAGAUUGUAGCGAGGUGCAAGUUUCUCGCUGUAGAGUGUGUGAGAGACGCGACGUAACUAAACGCUGUGAAAAAAAGGAAAAAUUUGGUAUAUAUUGGAGGAAGCGUGUGCUGAAAAUAGAAGUCUUGUGUGGAUGACGGUACGGUUUUAUUGGACCAGGUUUGAGUGGAAGCACGAACGCUAGUUAAAAGUUUCUUUUCCGCUCCUACGGAGCAGCACUUCCAUUUGGGAAUAUGUGAAUUAUUUGAAAACAUUUCAUUUCUUAUCGAGAGAAAUUUGACGAGGUACAAGGAAACAUCGAGCGAACAAAAACAUUGACUCUGGUGUGAUUCAACCAGAAAACGUCAAGAUCUAUCAAUGUGAAUAACGGCGGAAAGAUAUUUUUGAAAAAGAGAUAAGAAUAUACUUGCAUUUUUGUCAUUUCGCAAUAAAGACCUUGGGAGAAGUGAACUUAAACGAAAAAUAAACGAUUGCGCGUGUGGGUGUGUUCCAUUUUCUAGAGAUAGCCUGUUUCACGGGCUGAUAUUGAUUAAAUUGUAUCACUGAUAACAAAAAGCUCGCAAACUGGCUCCGGAGGUGAGGAUCAAGCAAAUUGGAAUGAGGGAGGAUCUGUUGUCUAUAAUAAGACACACGAGUAGCGACCAUUUUUCUGAAGAACGACUUUAGCACACGCUUUUUUGUUGAACAAAAUCCACGCACACGCAUAUAUAUAUAUUAAAAAUAUUCGCACAUGUAUGUAUGAACAGAGAUAUAAUCUUCAUCGCCUGAAGAGCGAAACAAAAAUUGCGUGUUUUCUUUGUUUCCUAUUUUGGUACAAAGAAAAGAAAGUUGAAUACAGAAAUAGUCAACGGAACUCGAUUCGAGCUCCCCCGGACGUGCUUGAUUUUGUCCGUAUGUUGAUCCGCUGGUGCGGUCGUUGCCGUCGAGGCUGCUGGAGGACUUGGGAUUUUCAUUUUGAUCGUUAGUGACACGAUUUCCUUUCACUCUUAUCACUAGCCACUUUUAAUUUCCCUAAAAUUAAUUUCUCUCCAACGAGGAUCUCUUGGCUCCACAUCGAUCAAGCCCCUUGUUUCGACGAACCUUUUUUCGAAACUGGCUGAAUAUUGUGAUCGACCUACACAAAAUAUAAAGAAACAAGCAAUAUUUGUGGCAGAGCCCGGCUGGUUAUGCCCUGCUGGCUAACCGCCUGUCUCGAUUUCUUAUCCGGACCUUUUUUCGGCUAUUGUAUAGCGCUAAGGAAGCUCGUUCUACAAACUGGCCUACCAAGCUUUACCUUACUUCGGGACGGGAAGAUUGUCGAUUCGACAACCGACAUUUCAACUGGUAUUUUCAACGACGUGACUACAAAUAUGCCACCCUGUGCCGAAGAAAUUUCUCAAGAAGCAGGAUCAGAAGUUUGUGGAUCAAGAACUCCAUCAAACCUUGGAUCGAGAAAAAAAUUUGUCGGAGUUGUGAUCGCGACGUGUGGUCUUCCUGGUCGUGGGAAGUCCCAAAUCGCUCAGAGUCUGUGUCGACGCUCAAAUUGGAAUGGAGAAACUGCUAAAGUUCUGCGGGUGAGUGACUAUCGUCGAAAAAAGCUCGAGCUCUAUGGAAGUCACGAGUUUUUUCGAUCGGAUAUCGCUGCCAAUUUAAGCCUAAGAUCACUGGCGUUGAGAGAGGCUAUGGAGGAUUGCGUUGAGUGGCUUCGAGCGGGAAAUACAGUCGCUAUAUUGGAUGGGUGUUUGAUAACUCGUGCCCAACGCUCUGAAGUCUAUGGUUACAUAAGCAUCGACCUUGGUUACCGCGUCCUCUUCAUCGAAUGCAUUUGCGACGAUCCUCGAGUGCUCGAGCGAAAUUAUGCCGAGAUAAUUCGCAAUAGCGCAGAUUACGCCGGGAUGGAUGCAGCGUCAGCGGCUGAAGACUUGCGUAUGAGAGUAUCGCAUUAUUUGCUGGUACACGAGCCGCUGGAGGAAAAAAAUUAUCCACGGAUUCGUAUAAACACGGUGACGAUGAGCAUCGAAGCGAGCGGCAUAAGCGGUCACGUGGAGUCCAACGUUCUCGGAUAUUUGGGUUCGGUCAGUCCAAAAAUUCAUACGCUAUAUUUCUCAAGACACGGCGAGAGCGAGAAUAACGUACUUGGGAAAAUCGGUGGUGAUGCCGUCCUCAGUCCACGUGGCGAAUGUUACGCACAAGCGCUCGCCUCUCGCAUAAACGCCAUGAACAUUCCUGAUCUUCGAAUUCUCACGAGUCAACUAAGGCGCACGAUUGCAACGGCUCGCGACAUUAAAGCAACACAGCGGGAACAUCUCGCUGAACUCAAUGAACUCCAUGCUGGCGUUUGCGAAGGACUCUCUUACGAGGAAAUGCAACAACAUUACCCCCAGGAAUUCGCAUGGCGUGAUCAGGACAAACUGCGUUAUCGCUAUCCCUGGGGUCAAAGUUACUUGGACAUAAUGCAUCGUGUUGAGCCAGUAAUCGCAGAGCUACAGUGUUCAAACAAUGUGUUGGUGGUUUCGCAUCAGGCGGUGUUGCGAUGUUUAAUCGGUUAUUUCAUGGAUAAAAAACCUGAGGAAUUGCCAUACAUGGACGUGCCAUUGCACACGAUACUGCGUUUAACGAGUCAAGGUUUUGACUAUCGUCUUGAUCUGAUAAAAUUACCUAUAGAGUGCGUAAAUACAACAAGAACAAAGCCAAAAAACUGUAACCCUAGCCGGAAAUCAGACGAUGCACUCACAACAGUUCCUCCACAUUUCGACAUACCUGAUCCCUGGAGGAAUCCUUCGAGCGUUCCCACUCUCGUUCAGCAGCAUUAAGUCAAAUCCACCCCCUGUUUUUAUUCUUACUCGUCCCUGCUCGUACGCUUGAAAUUUACGUUGAACCUUCUAUGUUGCGAAAAAUAACAAACCAAUCAGAGAAUUGACAUCCAUUGCAUUUUUAUUUGAUGCUUGAAUCAAUUGCAUAGCUUUUCCUUUUCCUUUAUUUAUAGCUCUGAUUUUAUUCGUAUUUAUCCUUUAUUCCUUCCACAUAAUAUCAUUAGUCGGUCUCCCUCAAACUCCUUCCCUUUCGUAGAUUAUGUUUGUCCAACAUGAGUUCGCAUAGCAUCAAAAUUCAAUUAUCAUAAUGACUAAUUGAACUUUGACGGUAUGAAUUCAACUUAAUGAAGUUGAGAAAAACGAUGGUCUAGCACACUAUCUUUAAUACGUGGUUCAUCGAUAAUGCGUAGAUUAUUCUUUAAAUGGGUAAAAAAAACUCGUUUUUUAAUUUUAGUCUCUAGGCCACUGGAGAACGCUCUUUGUUUAAUCAUUUACAACAAAUGUAUGUAAUAAAGCAUAAAGGAUUUUUUUACACAGUCAA